AUGGUACGGAAUGCCACCAGUAAUGAUCCAUCAGGGCCGACCGUUUCUCAAAUGGCAGAUAUAGCUAAUCAUACUUUUGAUAGAGGUGAACUUCUUGAAAUUAUGGAUAUUGUUGAUAGGAGACUUAACGACAAAGGUAAGAACUGGAGGCAUGUUGCAAAAUCACUUACUUUAUUGGAUUAUUUAGUUAGGUAUGGAUCAGAAGAUACCGUUAUUUGGGCAAAAGAUAACGUGUAUGUUAUUAAAACACUUCGUGAAUUUCAGGCAUCAGAUUCUAUGGGUAGGGACCAAGGGGCAAUAGUGAGGGUUAAGGCAAAAGAACUUUCAGAUUUACUUUCGGAUGAUGACCGACUACGAGAAGAAAGACAAGUUGCACUCAGGAACAGAAACGUUCCACAUGGCAGGGGACGAAGAGAAGAUGUCAACAGCGCUCUUGGAGAUAAUGAAGAUUAUGAUAGUGAUUUGCAACAGGCUAUAGAAGAAAGCAGACAGACUGCUGAGGAAGAAGAGCAGAAGAGACGUAAGAAUAGUGACGCUAGUUUGAAUAGAGCUAUUCAAUUGAGCUUGGAAGAGGAAGAGAUGCGCAAGAAGAACACCAAUUUAUUGGAUAUCAAUGAGCACAAUGGUGAUGAUGCUGCCCCUGCGGUUUUGGGAUAUUACUCAGCACAACCACAAGUUUCUACAGCACAGAUCAUUGGCUACGAUAUGUAUGGAAAUCCUGUCUAUGCCAACCAGCCAAUGGCUACUGGAUAUUUACAAAAUGCUUACCAGUCUUCUGCCGCACAGCAGCAGCAGCUUUAUCAGCAACAGCUUUAUCAACAGCAACUUGAAGCAGCACAGCGACAACAGCAGCAGCAGCAGCAGCAGAAUGUCGUAAUUCAGCAGUCAUUAAAUGCUCAAGUGCCCGCACCUACGGGAUCUAAUAACCCUUUUGCUUUGUCCAACGUUCAAUCGAACCCAACUUCUUCAAUGGUGUCUGCUACCCAACAGCAACCACAACAAUCGCAACUUCUGCAAGCAGGCCAUAAUACUCCACAACAAAGUAUGUCUGCUGGUAAUCAAAAGAUAAAUGACCAAUAUGCAGAGCUUAACAAUCUUCUAGCUCAAGGUACAGGUAUCGAUACGUUUGGUAAUGAAGGAGAUGCAAGAAUACCAGCCCAACAUACAAAAACAGGUGCUUUCUUCAAUUCCUACGGUACAGGUUUCCGACAAGAGGGGGAACGUCAAGAUAAUAGCCAAUUCUCUGAAACCCAGUAUGUGGGAAUCCCAAGCACUAUUGUUGCAGCACCUACAGGUUAUGGUUUUGGAAAUCAGCGACAGUCAUCGGAACCAAAGCAACCUAAAGAAAGUUUGAUCGACCUUUAG